UAAGAAGAAAAAACACCUACGAAAUACUGUUGAAUAAAUAGUUACGUCAGAUUAAAUCUUGAUCCAUUUCUGUCAGUAGCUUUAUGAACACAGUCGGUUUUCUGAUUUUUUACGAUGUGCACCUGUGUAGAGAUUUUAAGAUUGACGAGAUGCACUUCUCCAGUCUGAGGCUUAGAUUGUGGCGUGUAGAAUUUCAGUUUCAUCGCAAGCAGUUGGUAAUAUAUGUUUUCUGUAAAGUGGAAAUCCAAAGUUUGUGCUAACAAGACUGGGUACACAGCGACAUGAUCGCGGCCGUUGUACACCUCUACCACUCAGUACCGGGGUAGUGACUGUCCUGUAACCAGAAUGGCGAAGAACGGGACCGCGGCCUUCAGCUCCCAGGGGGUGGGGACCGUGGACGUAGUGGUCAUAGUGAUCUACCUGGCCUUCUGUCUGGCCACAGGAAUCUGGGCAACAUGGAGGACGAACAGAGGCAGCAUCAGUGGUUAUUUUCUGGCGGGAAGAGAAAUGCUCUGGUUUACCAUCGGGGCCUCGCUGUUCUCGAGCAACAUAGGAAGCGGGAGUUUCGUGGGGUUGGCGGGGACAGGAGCGGCCUCGGGGAUCGCCGUGGCCAGCUACGAGCUCAACGGUCUGUUCUGUCUGCUGAUGCUUGGAUGGCUCUUUGUUCCUGUCUACAUCGCUAGCGGGGUGUACACCCUACCUGAGUACCUGAAGAAGAGGUUCGGGGGUCAGCGGCUUCAGGUGUACAUGUCCGUACUGGCUCUGCUGAUCUACAUAUUCACCAAAAUAUCAGUGGACAUGUACGCUGGAACCAUCUUCAUUCAACAGGCGAUCGGCCUUGACAUUUACGUGGGCGUGGUCAUUUUAUUGGCGAUCUCAGCCGUCUACACUGUAUCAGGUGGACUUAAGGCCGUCAUCUAUACAGACACCCUACAGACAGUCAUCAUGGUUGCCGGUGCUAUUGUUCUCAUGAUAUUAAGCUUUAACAAAGUUGGAGGGAUAGAGAAGGUGUACACCCUGUACCCCCAGUCGGUGCCCACGCACCUGCUGAACGGCUCGGACUGCGGCCUCCCUCCCGCCGAUGCCUUCCAUCUCCUGCGUGACCCGGUCACUGGCUCCAUCCCGUGGCCCGGGAACGUGGUGGGCAUCACCAUCCUCAGCUGCUGGUAUUUCUGCUCCGACCAGGUGCUGGUCCAGCGGUCGUUGGCCGCCAAGAACAUGCAUCACGUGAAGGGAGGGUCCAUUCUGGCGGCCUACCUGAAGAUCCUACCGCUGUUCACCACGGUGUUUCCAGGGAUGAUCAGCAGGAUUCUAUUCACAGAUCAGGUGGGCUGUGUUGACCCGGAAGUAUGUAAAGCUGUCUGCGACAACGAGGCUGGAUGUACAAACAUCGCAUACCCCAAACUAGUCGUUGAGCUUAUGCCCGAAGGUUUAAAGGGUCUGAUGUUAGCGGCCAUGAUGGCGGCGCUGAUGAGUUCUCUGACGUCAGUGUUCAACAGCGCGAGCACGCUCUUCACCAUGGAUAUCUGGAAGCGCGUGCGCCCUGGAUCCACCGAGGGAGAACUUUUGGUUGUGGGCAGAGUGUUCAUCCUGAUCCUAGUAGUGAUCAGCGUCAUCUGGAUGCCCGUACUGCAGGCCUCCCAGGGGGGACAACUCUUCAACUACAUCCAGGCAGUCACCGGGUACCUGGUCCCUCCCAUUCUGUCCUUGUUUCUGUUAGCAAUAUUCUGGAAGAGGACCAAUGAAAAGGGCGCUUUCUGGGGACUAAUCAUCGGGAUGCUGGUUGGAGCUACUAGGAUGGGGUUGGACUUUGGGUACGGAAGUCCAAAGUGUGGUGAGGAGGAGUUCAGACCCGCCAUCAUCGCUAAAGUCCACUUCCUCCACUUCACCAUCAUCCUCUUCGUCCUCAGCCUCAUCGCCAUGGUCGUCAUCUCUCUCCUCACCGACCCAAUCCCAGAAAAACAUCUUAUACGUAUGACUUGGUGGUCGAGACAUAGUAUGGAAGAGAGAGAACCGUUUAAAGAGGAACUUGAAUUUAAUAACUUAUCAACGUCCAUUCAAAACAAGAGAAUGGAAGAGAGGAAAGAAGUCAAAAUGACGAAGUGGCGCCGUGCUCUGUAUAUUGUGUGUGGAUACGAACCACCGAGACCCGUGACGGCAACGGAGGCGGAAAUAGCCGAACAAAAACGACUUUUAACGAGUAUUACCGAAAAGGGCAAAUGGAAGUGGUUCGUGAAUGCUAAUGCUUUGAUUUUGAUGACAUUCGGAAUAUUUCUGUGGGGAUUCUUCAGCUAGUGUUCCGGAAUAGCGUGUAGAUAUGAUGAAAUUUAGUAGAUGGAUCAGUAGUUUACUAUAUUGUAAAUAUCUGUAACUCUUAUUGCUUCCUGUAUAUAUUUGUAUUGUACAGAUCAAUUUAUAUCGUCCAAAAAAUGGUUUUGUUGUGCUUUUUAUUUUACCUUUUUAGCAUGGCAAAAUAUACC